UUGACGGACUGACUGAUUGUGAUUGACUUUUGACAAUUUGUCUUGUCCACUUAAUUUGUUUUUUGUUUAGCUGAAACAAGAAAGUGCUUUGUAGGAUUUUAGAUAGUUACAGUACGGUGCCAUUUAUAUUAUCAAUUUCAAGAUCGGCAUCUCAUACGUGCUAAUAAAAUGAUGGACUGUGUGGAAGAAACAAACCAUGAUCCCCUCUCAGCCCCCGCAGUUACAUCCCCUGCCUCUGUCGACACUAAGCUUGAAAAAAAGAAGCCCAAUGAAAAUGUCUCUUUAGCUGACAAUAGCUUAUUAGUAGAUAUUUCAGAUGCACUUAGUGAAAAAGAGAAGGUGAAGUUUUCUGUUCACACAAAAACAACUCUACCGGAAUUUCAGAAGUCACAGUUUUCAGUAGUUCGUCAGCAUGAAGAAUUUGUAUGGCUUCAUGAUAGAUAUGAAGAGAACGAAGAGUAUGCAGGUUAUAUUAUACCUCCAGCACCGCCGAGACCGGAUUUUGAUGCAUCCCGUGAAAAGCUGCAACGCCUUGGAGAAGGCGAGGGUGCAUUAACACGUGAAGAAUUUCUCAAGAUGAAGGAAGAGUUGGAAGAUGAAUAUCUGGCAACAUUCAAAAAGACAGUAGCGAUGCAUGAAGUGUUCCUACAGCGUCUCGCAGCGCACCCCGUGUUUAGAAAUGACGCUCAUUUACGUGUGUUCUUAGAAUACGAACAGGAUCUGUGCGCUAAGCCUCGAGGGAAAAUGGAUCUUAUUGGUGGACUGAUGAGGUCUAUGACAACUACGACAGAUGAGAUCUACUUGGGCGCGACCGUGCGGGACGUCAAUGAUUUCUUUGAGCAGGAAACUGCUUUUCUACAAGAAUAUUAUUCUCAUCUCAAAGAAGCAGUUGCUAAAGUCGACCGUAUGACUACUAAGCAUAAGGAGGUGGCAGACGCACAUAUAAAGCUGUCGUCGUGUUUGACACAGCUUGGCACACGCGAGCAGCCCGCCACAGAGCGCUUCCUCACGCGAGCUGCUGAGACGUUCGAGAAGUGUCGGAAGAUCGAAGGUCGCAUGGCGUCAGACCAGGAUCUGAAGUUAGCGGACACACUGCGGUACUACAUGCGCGACGCUCAUGCCGCCAAAGCUGUGCUUGUACGGAGACUUAGAUGUCUGGCAGCUUAUGAGGCAGCAAAUAGAAACUUGGAACGAGCUCGGGCUAAGAAUAAGGAUGUGCAUGCUCCGAUGGAGGUGCAAGAGGCGGAGCAAGUUCAGGCGGACGCUUGCGCGCGCUUCGAGCAGCUGUCGGCGCGCGCUCGUGAAGAGUUGCUAGAUUUUCGCACAAGACGCGUAGCUGCAUUUAGAAAAAGUUUAAUUGAUCUCGCGGAGUUGGAGAUAAAACAUGCGGCAGCUCAACAGGAAUUGUUCAGGAAGUCCCUGCAGAUGUUGAGGGAGUGUCAGUAACUGACCACGCCCACCGGCAACGCCCACACGACUUCACAACGCAUGUUUAAGGUACAGUAAAAGUUUGCACCAUCUCUUGCAAAUUCGUUUGCAACAAUUUUGUUUUGAUAAAUUUUGGCAAGUAGAAAAAGGAAAAAUAGACUACCGAUUUUUGUUAAUGUCAUUUA